GACACUGACUGACGCAGGCGUAUGAAGUUUGCUUAUACCGACAAACCGUUCAAACAAUAUUUAUAUUUUUGAAUGUUCUGUUAGUUUAUUUCGAUAGUAUCAAGUAAAACAUGCGUCUUUUGAUAUGAGUGAACAAUUUAUUUCAGCUGCUCUUAUAGAAAAGUUGGGACACAAAAUACAGGAAAUCAGAGAAAGGGCCCUUUUGAAUAUCAUUUCAAAAAUUGAAAAUGGUGUUUUAUUCGAUAAUGACUUGGCUAGAACCAGAGAACUCAUUACCAAACUAUUCAAAUGGUUUCUGUUUGAACCAUGCACCCAGGAAGAUAUGGUUUUCCUAUUACUCAAGCGUGUCCUGAAGUCAGACAGUGGAAAAACGCUUAUCAAUCACCUAGGAAAAAGUUAUUUUAUGAAAGAAUUGGACCAGAUUCGUUCAUACCUAGAGCCAGAAUACUACACUAAAUUAGAUGAGAUUACGAGACUGAUUGAACAACAAUCAACAGAGACGAUAGUUCCACCGUUAGAAUGUGAUGUCCCUUUGAGUUACAGGACUGUAAGUAGUACCAACGUAUCGUCUGUUGUGGGUACUACCGCAUCAGUCAUAGAAGGGUAUAUCCAGAAGAGUUCCUCUGUUCAGCAACAAGCAGGGGUUGAUGAAAGAGGUGAUGCGAAAAGCUGUGUGGGAGAUUCGUUGACAUAUAGAGUGGAAGAUACGACCAGUUUCAACCUACCAAAUUUUUUCUUUGAGUGGCAACCUCUCAUAGAAACUGAUAGGCAUGUUUUACACUCUGUGGAAAAAUCGUUAACCAACCCUCCUCAACCAUCCUCUUUGUUGCAUUCAUGUGAAUUUUUCACCAAUGUCUUACUGCAUGAUUUUCCUGCUGAAAUAUUUUUGCAAAGGCCCACAAUUAUAUUGGAGUUUCAUGCCUUGAUGCAAUGUGGAUCAACUCGAAUUACAAAUGCUGUUUUGGAAUGUUUCUGCAACUUGACUAGCAUGUUGCAAAGGAGAAUUCAUCAUCAAAAUGACCUGACCAUGAGAAAUCGAAAGUUGGGACAACUGGCUCGUUUCAGUUCAAUUCCUAACACCCCUGUCUCCGGCACUAAUAGAACAUUGAAAGAUGAUAUAAUGUCAGAAAUACGUGCUGAAUUUGAGAUGCCGGAAGAAAUCUCAGCACUUGAAAGAAAUCAGUUAUCCACUACAAAAUAUUGUUUUAUAACUGUGAAUGCAAUUUUCAAAUAUUUAUGCAUCAAGGAAGAUAUUUUAAGGGAAAAAGUUAAAAGUAACCAGGUGGCCGUUAAUUUGAGUUUGUCGUUAUUGAACAAACUUACUGAUUUACUGAGCCUUUGUAUAAGAAAAGCCAUCUGGGAUGAGACACAAAAUGAAAGGACCCUCAGUGUUUUGAAAAACCUCAAUGAAAUGUUGGUGAAGUAUGGUAUGGCCUUGGAACAUUUCAGAUUAGAAUCUGUAACCUUCGAGAGUAAUCUGAAUUACAGAGUGAUUUACAUCUACUUGUUACAUAGCUGUGUCAAUUUGCUGAAAAAAAUUGUUCCGAUUUCUAAAACGGACUUGAUAUUACCCAGAAAUCUGAAAAGUGCCUUAGCAAAUUCACUAUUAGACGUCACUUUUAGUCGGCUUUAUCCUCAUGCACAUAAUUUUAUUUUGGAUUAUGUUCAGAGUUUCUCAAUAGAUAAAGAUACAGACCUCUUAAAAAAGUAUAUAGAUGUUCAAAACGUUUGUCAAGGAAUGACUUCAACUGUGAAAUUUCUCAAGCAACACAAAACCCUACCUUGUUCAGAAAUCCUCAGUUUAGCUGUGGAGUCCCUGCCCAGCUUGGAAUUCCACAAAGAAUUUGAUUUCUUGAAAAUUUUAGUUGAUACUUUAUCAGACAGUUUGCACCAGUUUUCUGAAGAUUCCGUGAAAUUGGCAUCGGCAGAAGACAUUAUUUUAUCAUUGCUGGCACACAGUGCAGUAGACAUAAGAGAAGAAACAUACCGACUCUGCCAAAAAAAAGUACUCACCAACAUUGGACCAAAACUGAGCACUUCUCCAAUUGGUGUGGCAGGUUCCCAAAUAUUAUUUUUACUCUCGUCUAAAAUUUUAACUGAAGUUGCAGCUUUUGGUAUGACAAGUGAUAAUAUAGAGAUAAAAAGGUACGCUGAGGACAUAAUCAUCUACAUCUUGAAGUGUAAAAUUCUGGUCUGUGAAGCCAUCUGGAACAAAGUGAUACAGACUUUGAUACCUUCCCUUCCGAUAAUUGCAUGUCAUGCCAGCAAAAAUUCUGCAUUGGGAAAGACAGUAAUGAAUCUUAUGGAUCCAGAUACCUCUAGAGAUUCUUUAAUUCCGCCCAUCGUUAUGCUAAAAUGUAAUAUACAAUUAUUGUUCACUGAUGAUGCGUAUUUGCGUGAAGAAGCUUUCUCUAGAGUGUGUUGGCUGUUGUCUUCCCAGGAAAAUUCCAGAGAAAUGCUGCCCAAGGUCAACACUCUGUAUGAUACUUCAUUGGCUGGUGUUUGCCGAUUGAAAAAAGUUGUCGAUAUCAAUAAGAUGAGGAGGACUGAACAUUUUUAUCAGCCUAGCAGUUUACACCAAGUUCUGGAAGUCCUGAAAUCUCCAAAUAUCGAACCAGUGAUCAGGAGAUCUGCCUUGAAUCAGAUCAGCGUUAUGAUGGAGGAUCCUCUGUUGCAUCAAAUACUUUUGGACGCAAAUGGAAUUGGCAUUCUGAAUGAAAUGAUGAAAAGCGCACUAACUGAAAGUGAUUAUAGAAAUUAUCCCGACUCUAUUAUUCCGAUUGUAUCAAUUUUCAAAAAUAUUUGUUUUUAUCAUGGAAAUGUGAGAGAAGAACUAAGUCUGGAUACUGAUGUGUUUUAUUGUAUUUUAAGAGGUCUAUUUUUAUAUUUUGCCGAAGAAAGAAUGAAACAAGAUGCAACAUCAUUGCUAGUCAUGUUGAUAUUUAAAGAUUUCAUAUUGGGAAAUCCAUCCAGAGCAAAUUUUUCCAUGCCAAACCUCGUGAUAGAUAGAAUGCAUUUGCCAUUCAUAUGUAGUUCCCAUUGGAUUGCUAGUGAAUACUCCAAGGAAAAUUUAAAAGACACAAUAAUAUCCGAUCGUUGGUGUUUGAGUUCGAUUCAAAUUCAGUGGAAUGCCGAAUUCUUUGGAGGAUUUGAGAACCUGGUGAAGCGAAAUGAUAUCACUUGCGAUGAUCAUUCGAUGUGUGAUUUUGCGGACAUUUUGAAACUGAACGACAACGAUUUGAAAGCUAUCAAAGCUUCUUCCAUUGAUUACUGCGUUAAAUAUUAUUCAGACGCAAUACAAAAUGCAACGUCACAUUCUUCUGUUGUUCAGUCGAUUGACCAGCUCAUUCUGUAUGUUUUUUUGUAUAAACUCGUGACGAAUAUUGGAAAUGAAGGAGACACUUUAAGUUUGCUCAACCAUCCUUGGGAGCAGACUUUUGUUAGGUUUCUCAAAAGUUUGCCAGCAUGUGAGGAGGAUGCAAUGUUGCUGAAAAAAGUUAUUCAGUUUUUGUGUGAGCUUGCUUGUUUAUAUAAAACAACUG